CUUAAUUUUUUAUAUUGAUCUUCUUCAAAUUUGUAAUGAUUUAAAAUAACAAUGCCAAACUCAAACCACCAAGCUUCAAUGUACCCCUGUGGGCCCAUGAUUUCUCACCAAGAAGAAGAAGAUGAUGAUGAAGAUGUUGCCAAUGGAGAGGAGUCCAUUGAUAACCCUCCCCAGAUUCACUACCAAAACGACACAGUCGUCUCGGUUAUGAAUGGUGGUGUUCAAAAUAUUGUUCCUCUUUCAAACGGUUCCUUUGUGCCUGGUUCCGACUUCUCUGCCGUUCCUGCCGGUAAUGGCGCUUCUGAUCAGCUUACGCUGUCGUUUCAGGGCGAGGUUUAUGUGUUUGACGCCGUUUCGCCUGAUAAGGUGCAGGCAGUGUUGUUACUUUUGGGCGGAUAUGAAAUCCCUUCUGCCAUUCCUGCCAUUGGGACAGUCCCAGUAAAUCAAAAGGACGGUCUUGACUUUUCUGCUAGGUCAAUUCAACCACAGAGAGUUGCAUCUUUAAACCGGUUCCGAGAGAAGAGAAAAGAGAGGUGCUUUGAUAAGAAAAUUCGAUACAACGUGCGAAAAGAAGUGGCACUUAGGAUGCAGCGUAAGAAGGGCCAGUUCACAUCAGCAAAAGCUAGUUCUGAUGAAGUGGGUUCAACUUCUUCAGGUUGGAAUGGAGCGGGACCAGAUGAAAGUGCACAGGAAAUUUCAUGUACUCACUGUGGAAUCAGUUCCAAAUCCACUCCAAUGAUGCGUCGUGGGCCUGCUGGUCCAAGGUCUCUCUGCAAUGCAUGUGGGCUCAAGUGGGCUAACAAGGGAGUUUUGAGAGAGGUUUCCAGGAAUCCAGUGAUUGGUGUCGAAGAUCCUUCUGCUAAGACAACUGAACAGAGUGAUGGCGAAGCUGAUGCCAACGACAUGAGGGCAGCUGCUAAUGGUGAUAACUCAGCUAUGCCUGCUGAGCAGUGAGUAACAAACCAUCUCUGUGCUAUGUUGAAACUUAUGUAAAAUAGAUAUCUGUGUAAUAAGUUUCCAUCACAGUUCAACUGGUGUAUAUAAUCCGUUUGUUAUAGAAAAUGUAUUCUAUUCUAUUCUAUUAUUGGGCUGGCAUGAAAAAGGGAUUCUCUUACUCUUA